GCGCAUGCUCAGUCGCCUUUCGCCGUAGAACUCGACGGGCAGCUGUUUAGGUUGCUACACCGGGAGCGGAGGGAGGCGCUGAACCAAAGGGAGAAAGAAGCCCCACAAAAACAAGCCGCGCUCCUUUCGCUUGGAGAAAAGGCUCGGGAGCGUGCGGUGAAGCGCCCAUACCUGCAGGAGGAGGAGAAAGGCGGUGGAAGAGGAGGGAGCGCGACCAGGGGACGCAGCAAACAUGGGGAAGUCUCUUUCAAUGCCUUUACAUGGAUCUAAAGAAGAUGGGGUUUCGUCAACGGACAACAUGAGGAAGGGAUUAGUUCACUCAGAAUCUCACAGUGAAGAUGGAAGAAAUGGAGACGUGUCACAGUUCCCAUAUGUUGAAUUCACAGGAAGAGAUAGCGUCACAUGUCCCACAUGCCAGGGAACAGGGAGAAUUCCACGUGGUCAGGAAAAUCAGCUUGUUGCCCUGAUUCCAUACAGUGAUCAGAGACUGAGGCCAAGAAGAACAAAACUUUACGUUACUGCUUCUGUAAUUGUAUGCUUACUACUUUCUGGGCUGGCAGUAUUUUUCUUAUUUCCUCGAUCAAUUGAUGUUGAAUACAUUGGAGUCAAGUCAGUAUAUGUCAGUUACGAAGCACAGAGGCGCAUAAUAUACUUAAAUAUUACGAACACAUUGAACAUCACAAACAACAAUUAUUAUUCGGUGGAAGUUGAAAACAUUACAGCGCAGGUGCAGUUUUCAAAGACUGUUAUUGGGAAAGCACGGCUGAGCAAUAACACUCACAUUGGCCCACUGGACAUGAAACAAAUCGAUUAUAUGGUGCCCACAGUUAUACAAGAUGAAAUGAGCUACAUGUUUGAUUUUUGCACCUUACUCUCUAUCAAAGUGCACAACAUAGUAGUCAUGAUGCAAGUGACUGUGACCACCUCUUACUUUGGUCACUCUGAACAAAUAUCUCAGGAGCGGUACCAGUAUGUUGACUGCGGUGGAAACACAACUUACCAGCUGGGACAGUCAGAGUAUCUAAAUGUACUUCAGCCGCCUCAGUAGAAGAAGUAGAGUUUCUGGCUGCAAGAGGAAAGAAGAUUAACUCUUGGUUCUUCUACUACUCAUUGAAGUUGAACUUUCAUAUCUAGUACUGCUUAAAGAGGUGGAUGUAUAUAAUUUAGCAGCCCUGAAGGCUUCUGUACUUUGGAGGCGUGAGCAGCAAAAAGUCAAACUGUAUAUAUUCACGUUUGAUAACUUUCCCCUUUCCACUCUAAAUGUGUAAGUAUUCUGUCAAACUGUUACAACGGGGAAGCGGGGAGGGGUGGCUGUUAAAUCAGCAAAUCUGUAUUUUCCCUAAAUGGAAAAAUGGGUACAUGAUUAUAAAAGUCAGAGUGAAACCAUAUAAUUGUAUAAAUUAUGCUGUGAUGCUAACAAGUAUGUAUUAGAAAGUAAACUAAUAACGCACCAACAGUAUGACUAAGGUGGUUUUUUUGGUUUUUUAAAUGAAGGAAGUUUGGCCGUAUUGCAGCAUUAUAGAGGGUUACACAUUGCAUUAAUAACAAUAUGGCAGAUUUCACUGUGUUGGAAUUUUGAUCUUAGAAAUUUUUAUUAUAGGCGAAGUUACUGCUGUUUUUUCCACAAAGAACAUAAUUUGCUUGAAAUCUUUGGGUAUAUUGAAUAUAUGAAUACCACUAGAUUGCUGCAUAUUUGCAGAGCAAUAGGUACAAAAUGAAGACUAAAAUGUAUUAAAAUGUGGUUUUGUUUUUAAAAAACCUAAAAUAAUACAUGUGCUUCAAAGCUUCACUAUAGAAAUCUGUAAUGAGUUUUUAUGGGUUUUGUGUUUUCCAUAUUAAUCAAUAUAAAGAGGUCAACAUGCUUAUCUCAGAAUGUGUUGUGCAUUUUAAGCUUAAGUUCACUUCAUUGUCAUUUGAGUAAUACCAUAACUAGACCUCUGACAGCUUGAAGUGAAUGUAAAAUAUACCAAUCAAAACUGAUAAUGUCUUGGAAAAAUCAACCAAGUUUUGACUUAAAUCAAAUUUGAGAAUUGCCAUAGGUCAAAGCAAUUGCAUUGUCUUAAAGAGCUUAUGUUUUGACUAUCUUCUAACUGAACUGAAUAGAGCGGUCACUGAAUGAAUGGUGUAGUCCUAGUAUGGUUUGACUUGCUAACACAGCCUUUCUCAAACUUGGUUCCCCAGCUGUUGUUGCACUACAACUCCCAUCAUCCCUAGCUAGUGGGAUGAUGGGAGUUGUAGUUUAACAAACAGCUGUUGACAUACUCCCAUGUUUUUGUAAUUUCAGAAUGGAAGCAAUUGCUAUAGGAGACAGAAUUGUUACAGUGGUAGGUUAUGGUCACCUUUCAGGGAUUACUUCCUUUCUAAUAAUAACACGACAUGCAACUGUUUUACAGUAGCUCCCAUGUCAUUCUACUUAUGUAUGGAUAGGGCUUGUUGCAUCCAACUUGGACAACUGGUGAAAGGCACAUCAUUUUGUCAUUGCUUUGUUGAGAUAGAUACAUUUUCAAUUUGCUGUAUUUUCAGUUGUAUAAGCUCUGUUUUGUUGGUUAAGGAAUACUAAAACUCAGCUGCAGUAUUAGGCCCUGCUCAUAAAAUAUAAGCUAAUUACUAACAAUUUGAAAAUACUGGACUUGAUCCAACUCAAGUAAAGCAAUGGGUUUAUAUGCCCAUUUUUUUGCUUACAUAUAUUUUUUCCAUUUACAGAUGUAUAUAUAGACUUGAUACGACAGGAUUUGGACAGCCACACUUGUAAAUUCUUAUAGAUUUCUUUUUAAUGUUAAUGGGGAUAAUGCACUUUGCUUGGGAACAAUAACUGGUAUGAGUUUUGCUAUUGGAAAGAAAACCUACAUGGGAUUCUGAAUCCUGAGAUUUCUCUGGUAUAGAGGAGUAAGUACAUUGUCACAAACUGGCAUACUGCCUUUGUAUAGACAUUUAGAAUUUUGCUGUGUAACAUUUUUGGAAUCAACUUAGUUAACAUAACUGGGAAAAUGUCUCAUAGCAGGGGUUUUUUAACAUGCUUUCUGCUGUCUGUGGAGCCUCUAUGAAUAGCCUUAUUAAAAUCAUGAGACAACUCCAGGAUGAAAAUAAAUAAAUAUUGGGCUAUAUUUGGCAUCCUGAGUGAGGCCUUAAAAACCACGUUUUACUUAAUAUACAAACACAGAAGUAGUAUAUUACAAUUCUGAAGAUUAAUCUUUUCUUAAUACAAAAUGUCUUAAGCUUUUUGAUCAAAAUACAACAAACAAACCGACCAACACAACAAAUAUAAGCAAAGGAUAGGGAAUAUAACAUUGUAAAAUCGCUGAGAUUUAAGAAAUAAACUCUUGAGUGGUCAACGCCUCUUCUGUAAUUCAUUUAUUUAUUUGAUGCAUUUAUAUACUGCCUUUGUGACAAGGGGCAACAAAUGGAAUGAACACAUUCUCUUGAGCUCUCUAUAGUGACAACGAAACACAGUGAUUGUUUUACACCCCUUAAAAGUUUUACAUCCAGCAACCAGGCACUUGUGGUUUGGUGAAAUGUAAUUUUCGGCAAUGCUCUUGCAUUCCAUCUCACAAGACGAAACAUAAUUUUGAGAGCAUUAAUGUUUGGCUGGGGUUUUUUUUGGUAGGCAGUAUACACACCUGUACUAUUUUGUGACUUUACUUAGGCACUCACGCUUUGAUGAAAUUCAUACAUCACCAAUGUAAUUAAACUUUUGGCAUAGUCUAUAAAGCGUAGGCCUCUUACAGUGAUCUAGUCCAAACAUGAUUUAGAGGUAUAUGAGGGGGGCUGCUGUGAGAUCCUGGGGUUUUUGUUUUUAACCUUAUCACAGAAUAAACCACAUUUCUAUGUUUGGAUGUAGCAGAAAUCUCUGGUUUAUUCAAAAACCGAAAUUGGAUGCUUUCAAUCUUCUCUCCUUGCAUGUUGGGAGCUGGGAGUCAAGAGAUUCAUCACAGCACUCCCUUAUAAUGCUAAAUUGCAGUUUGCUUUCCUUUGGGCUAGCACUGAACUUUUCUGCCAUGGAGCUUUGGGGAGAAGGAGGAGUUGACAUGUAUCUGAAGCAGUUUCUUUUAGAAUAAAACAACAACAGGGUUUAUGAAAACGGGUUUAAAACUAAUUCUUUUGUGCAAACAGAAUCAAAAUGGCAUUAUUCAUUGCUAUCUUUCACAUGUCUUUGAAUGCCUUGUUUCUGGAAAUUGUGAUUGCUAUGUUGGUAUAAAAAAUGGCUGCUACAACUGGGGGGAAAAAUUUCCUUUUAUUUUUCUUGAGUAUGGAGUGCUGUCGUACUUACAGAACGCCAGUGCCACAUUUAGACUACCAGCUAUAAUUAGAGAUUAAAUGUGCUGUGUCCAAGGCUAGAAUACUAGCUACAUGUCAAUAUUCUUGAAUUUGUGCUUGUCAUUUUAGCCCAACAUAAGGUAAAUUGUGGCACAUCUGUCAUUAUGCUGCCAUGUUUUUAGCUGGUAAAGGUAGGGCAGGCCCUACAAUUUUUCUCUUCCUAACAAUUUCUACAUAAAACCUUGAAGCAGUAACCUGAUGACCUACUUACUACUCAUUAAUUAACCACUAAUAGUGCUCAUAGGCAAAUAAUUUGUGUAUAGAAAUUCUAAAAGGUUAUAACUAUUUUUGUAAUUCCAAAAUUGUAAUUGUUCCUGUAAUUCUGUGUGGCAAACUUACCUGUAUGCAGUGUUUUGAAGCAUGAUAAAUAAAACUUCUCUAUGCGGUUCUCUUA